AUGAUAUCACAAACAAAAAACAGAGUUCAAGCGAUAAAAAGUAAAUUUGAGAAUUUGAACGUUGAAAACGAGAAUUUGGUCAUCAGAAAAAACGCGAAACAGUUGUGUAAACAAAGAAGCGAUGAAUGUGAUGACAAUGAGACCAAUGUUUUCGAUCAGGAAAUCGAUUUUAACGAGACAAUUAAUGAGAAAAUCGAUGUUGAGUGUUGUAAUGUCUCAGUUAAACCUAACACAAGUUAUUUGUACAGUAAAAACGAUUCAAAACGUAGUUUCAUUGGUGCUAAGAAAUCUUUAACCAGGCAGUGUAGUGACCCGGGGAAAAAAUUGCAUAGGAGUCAUGCGUUUCGCUGUGACAGAAGCCAGAAAAUAGGUCAAAGUCCAAAGAGGCAUGGCAGUUGUAAUGGACGGUCUGAAACUAGUGAUUUCUCUUUAAAAAUGGGUGAACGCAAACUGAGCAGAGAUCGGCUGAAGCGCUUAGGUAAUUUCCUAGAAGACCAAAUGAGAAAAGAGAAUUUUACAGUGUCGAGUGAUAUUGUUGUUGAUCAAGUCAUCGAAGUACCAAUGAACUCCAUACCUGACAAAGAUGUUCCCAAACACAUAUUAGACCAGUACGCUAAAGUUGUCAAAACAAAAAAAGAAGAGAAGCAGGACACGAUGACUGACAGCGGUGUGAGCUCAGAAACUGAGAAUUUGGAUGAUGAAAAGAAUAACAAGGUAAAAAAACUCAUGACUCAAUUUGAAAAGACAGAAUCUAAGACUGAAACAAAUUUAGAGGUAAUGAAUGAUCUGUGUGCGUCCAGCGAAACUAUGCGUUUAGAACGUAAAAAUCCACAUUUAAUUCUUACGGAUACAUUAAAGAAGGCGCUUAAACAACCGUUGCCUCCAGGUCCUCCUCCUAAAAAACCACCUCGAGUGGUAAAUGUGCCAAUUGCUGAAAAACCAGAAAUACAGAAAAAAGACACAAAAAAGAUGCUAGAAAAACUUGAACAAGUAUUACAUAAAAGAGAAACUCAAAACCAGAAUAAAAAUAAUAUUUAUGAUAUAGCUGAAACUGAUUUGAGUAUUAAAAAACCAAAGGAGAUACAUUAUUUGUGCACUGAAAUUUUAGAUAUAACACAGAGGACUUUACUUCCAAACCACAAUGCAUCAAAUCCGUUAACUAAUUGUCUAAAUUCAUUAAACUGUUCUAUUUUAACUAAUUCGACUGCUAGUCUGCCCUAUACAAGACUAAGUUCUCGACCUAAUUCAAAUCUUGAACCGAUAAAAGACUGCUGUACUUGUAGCGUUGAUAGUAAUAGUAGAUUCAGCACAUUCUUGGCUGAGAACAGUCAAGAUAAAUGUGUUAAAUGUAAGUCAAAUGAUGAGAAACAUGAUGGUUUCAAGUGUCACUUGAAUUGUAAAUGUAAAAUGGAGAAGUCGGAGUUUUUCAUUGACAAAGAACAUAUUUAUGACGAACCAUUCAACGAAGAAGUGAAGAAGAAUCAAUAUGGAACAUUGAAUAGUUUAAAAUUAAAUGGACACAGUAAAAGUUUGGAAGAUAUCCGGAUACAAAAUGAUGAGAAGAUAUAUGAUAUACCAUGUGACGUGUCCCGGGCAGAGACACCUGAUUUUACGACCUCCAGCCCCAAAACAGACUUCCAGAAGUUACGAGAUAACUUUGAAAACGGCUUUCGCGAUGGUAGCAAACGUAACUCGGUCGAUACCGAAAAUAUUACCAGAAACAGUGCCGAAAUUAAACGAAAUAAAUAUGCCGAUAUCGGCGACAGGAAAUUCGGUACAGAAAUAACAGGAAACAGGAAAUCUCUUAUAGAAAAUGUCGAUAAUAGAAGAAGUUGCGACAAACCGCCGUUGACCCCAAAACCAAACAUUUACUUGAAGAAGGUGUCAAAGUCUACGGAGAAUUUAGCCGAUGACUUCAAGUCUGCAGCGGCCGAGAAAAGAUUCGGUACCGACACCAAAAGAUACCGGAAAGACAAAUCUGAUGUCAGUUUUAAUUCUAUCAUUCCUAAGAAGACGUGUACGCAAUUGGAUAAGGAUAGAGAAAAUUUGAACCGGUUAAUGAACGAGAUUUACGAAACGGUUACAGUGGCGUGCAGCAUGGAAGACAGGAAACCGGGCUGCUUUCCCACUGACCAGUCAGACGGUGGCACCAGUGAAGAUUCCGUAAAACUUACGCGGAGUUUAACGGAGAAGAGGAAGAAUUACGUGAGAAGAGUGUCCUCCAGAGUUGCGUACUUGGACCAGUCUAACCCCAAGAAGACCACGAGAUUUCGUCACCAAACUUCGGUCUGCUCGUACAAAUCUGAGAUCGUAGACAAUAAUCCAUACAACACGUUCAGGUCUUGGAAGAGCUUCCGAACGUCCAGGACCAAUCUGGCCAGAGAUAAAAUGGGCGACAGUACAGAUUCCAAGUUCAACUUGACUGAUUCCUCAGGGAACAUAUUGUCUAUGAAGAGUGAAUUCGACAAUGAUAGCAUGGACAAGCUGAGCAUAGACGAAAAGACGGGUUGUGUCGACAUAGAGCUGCCGUUCGAGCCUCGGGAGAGGGGGCUAUUUAACGUUUGCUUAUUGGUCGGUCUGAACUACAUGACUGGACAUGCAUACGUCAAAAGUGUUUUUCCUAGUCAGGUACAAGUCCCGCCUCACAUAGAGAACCUAAUAUUCCCGGAGACGGCGGCCGGCGCGCAGUGCUACUCGCUCGUGCUCACCGACGAGCGCGGCGAGCGCGCGUACGGAUAUUGCCGUCGAGUGUUGCCAGAAGGCGCGUCCAUCUGUCUCCCUCUCUGCUACUGUCUCAUCGGCAAAUACAGAGCACCCGGAUUUUACUAUAAGGUAUUACAAGAGAUCGAAUCCCACCACGGCAGCUCAGAGGUCGAAAUACAUUCUAUACUGCAACAGUUGUUCGAAACCGACUUCCCGAAUCCGGGUGAAGAAAUCACUAUAUCGUACAAAAACAACCUUAUAACAGACAGAAACUUGAGGCACUCACAACAAUUGGAUAUAAUGAAAUGUAAAACAAUGCCAGACAUGAGGAGGAGUAACCAAAGUGAAAACGAUCACUCGGGCGGUUCGUGCCAACUGGCUGAAGGUUGCGAGCGACUGUUGGAAAGCUCCAAUGCGAUCGAUGGCUCGGACCGACUCGCCGACGGCUCGGAAGUGAACGAAGCCUUUAAAUAUGACAGUUGUGAUAUACCAAAGUUUCUGGACUUGGAAAACAACAACGGACCGAAGAGGGUUAUGUUGAGCCUGGAAUGUAAAAGAACGAAAACAAUAAAAAGACCAAUAGAGCCUCGUGUGGAUGAGGACAAUCUGUGUACUCUCCUGGAUUCGUUAGGUGCUGGGCUCGUUAUCAAGGUGUUCAGUUCACUUCUGCUGGAGAGGAAGGUGGUCAUCAUGGGCGAUAAACUGAGCGCGGUGUCCGGAUGCCUGGAGGCGCUGCAGCAGGCGCUGUACCCGCUGGUGUGGCAGCAGCCGCUGAUCUCGUCCGUGCCCGCGCGCAUCCAGCACGACGUGCUCGAGGCGCCGCUGCCGCUGCUGGCGGGCCUGCUGCGGACCCGCCACAUGGACUACAUACACGGGAUCACCUUCCACGAGGGUAUGCUGAUCGAUCUGACCGGUCCCUCCAAGGUGUUAUACUACCAAGGGGACGAGUCCACGAUCCUCCCGACGUCCAGCUACAAAUCCCUCAAGACUUCCCUGCAGAUGGAAUCGAGUAAACACAAGGACAGAUCUGAAGACACGAAGACGAGAAACGUGAUGAUAUCGGAGGCCUUCUUGAGGUUUUUCGUAGAUAUUUUAGGUGACUUCUGGAAGUACUUAUCCGUGGGCGAGGUGAAGGACGGCGAUUUGGGCAAAGGGAAUAUUCUGUUCGAUAAAGAAGCUUACAUCAAGAACGUGCCCUCAAAACAGAAUCAGUAUUUCCUCGAAUGGUUCACAGAGACGGCCAUGUUCAACCAUUUCAUACAAAACAUGUGCCAACGCCAUCCGGACCAAACAAAGUUGGACCCAUCUCAAAAUAUGUUGGUCGAUACGCCGUUGCCGAACUUCUACCAACUAUUGGACGAAAGACUAAAAAGUAGGACGAGUGUUAAGAACGUGGAUAAAGCUAAUUAUAAAAGUGCAGUGAAUAAAAAAGUGAAGUUACUUAAAACUAAACUUAGGGACUUGAUUACUUAA